GCCAGCAGCUGACGGCCGUGCGGCCGUGGUUGAAAGCAGAAGUUCGUGGAAACCCUUGUUGCUAGAGCUGCAGUCUGCUGCAUCAAGAGUUCCGCUUUUCGCUGCAUGUUGCAGCAGCAACUUGUGUGCGAGACAGGUCUCCAAGGGGCGUUGCUUGUGUGGCCACUCGGUUGACGCGAAGAAAGAGAGAACAUGUGCGCUUCGUUCGCACCUCCCAAGCCCUCCGCGGCCUUCACCGUGGGGAAAGCGGGACAAGACGUCGCUGAGCCCGCUCGCCGGCGAACCUACAGCAGCAACGGGCGUCGAAAUAGAAGCCUGUCGCCCCUGGCCCGAGAGUUGCUGAACGGCGGCAGGAACGCAUUCAGUAGCGAAGACGCCGUCACCCCUCUCUCUACAGCAGGCAGCGGUGCCGGGUAUCAUUUCGGCUCCGGCGAGGGGACCCCAACCCCCCUUUCGAUCAGCCAGUCGCUCAAGGCACGCGGCGGGUACUCCAUCACAAUGCCGGCAGCCUUGCCGAUGUUAUCGCCGACCGGCGAUGAAGGACCGGCUAGCACCGGGUUUUCCUCCACCGGUGCUUCCGGCGGCACCACCGCCAGCGCCGGCGGUGCCGCCACCGCUGGUGUCUCCAACGCCACCGCGGCCGCCAACACGAUCCCGACCUUCUCUGAGAUAACCCGGGGAGUCAUCGAUCGGAACGGCGCCGUCCCUCUCGAGCCCUUCGCGAGGGCGCGGGUGAGGGCCGUCGAAGAGGGGUGGGCGCGCUGGGCGGCGGACCGGCGGGAGCGAGAGAAGCGGCGGUGGAUCAGGGUGCUCUCGGUCGUGACGUUUCUCGUCCUCGUCGCCGUCCUGGUCUGCAGGCGGAUCGGUGUGGGCAUCUCGAUCAGUGGCCCAACGGCGACGUUGCCUCCCGGGGCGAAACCGUCGCGGAACGGCGGCCCCGGCGAAGUCGUCUCGGUGCGAGACCUCUUCUCGGCCGCAGUGCACGAGAUGCCGGCGAUCGUCUCCUCGAGGGACGAGCUCGCCGCCGUGCUAAAGCUCGUCGGGAUCAAGAAGGCGAAGCCGGAGCAGGUGGGGCGGGCGUGGUCGGCUCUCGUUUCGGGGGAAGCACGCUACGUUGAUGUCGGCGGCGGCGGUGGCGGCGGUGGUGAGGGCAUCUGGCAGCGCUACGUCAAGGGCGGAGCGCUAGCGGCCGAAGUUCUCGUUGCCGGGGUGCUCCGAAACGCUGCCGCGGUGGCACUUCUGGCGGUGACCUUCGCGACGGUGGUCGCGGCCGCGGCGGUAGUCUCCCGCGGCUCGCCAUCGCGGGGGCAGAGCAGGGGUGGGGGUUUCACUUGCGGGACGGGCCAGGGAGGAGGAGCGGCCGCGAACGGCGGCGGUAGCAGCAGCAGAGUCCGCGGCGGGAACCGUCUUCAAGCGCUGGGGGGUGACGGCGGCUGCGCCACCUCCAACGGAAGGGCAAACGGGCGCAGCGGCGGCGGUUGUGCCCCCCGGCCAGGAGGCGAUCUACGGAGUCCCUCCCCGAUGUCCCGCAGGUUGUGA